AUGCAUACCCAGGUCGUCUGCGUCUGCUACGUUAUGAUGAUCACGCCACUGACCACGUUAACUGUAACAGUUGGCUAUUUAUACUUUGAUGCCUUUGCUGGUCAAUCCUUUUACAUUUUGAUUGUAAGCGUAAUCGCUACACUCCGUAUAUACGCUCUUUAUGGGAACAGUAAGAUUGUGCUUGCCUUUUUGGCUUUGGUCAGUGCCAUGGAGUUCUCGUUGUACUUUUGGGGGCUUUGGUGGGCUAUCGACAUGCCGUUUUCGGCGAAGAAUAUCAUCAUCUUCCCCUUUCCGUAUCCGCUUGGCUGCCAAACCUUCGUUUCCGAGUCACCUGGAGCUAAACUUCGAACACUCCUCCUAUGGAUACCUACCAUGGUCGGAUCCUUCAUUUUCCUCGCGAUGACCCUGUACAAGUUCUUUGAAUCUCUCCGGGGCCCCGAUGGGACGUUAGAUCUCAGUUCCUGCUUCCAGACGAAGAACAUUUCUCCACUUAUGGUCAUCCUAGUCCGGGACGGCGCUCGCUGCUACUUUGUCAUAUUUCGGAAUGGUCUUCAAGUGACCAUGGCUCUACAAGCGAUAUUUCUUUACGUUCACGAAGGAGCCUACCCCAUGAUCAUGCAAUGGCAUGUCGUCAUCCACUCGUUUUCUUCGGCGAGGCUGGUGCUGAACCUCCGCGCAGGCGCCGGAAGACCUACCAAGUUCGUAUCACCAGCCUCCUCCUCUGGCUCCAAGGCCAGGUGUCGGUACUCGAUCGACAAUGGACGCUUCAGUUCGACGAUGGACAUUGAGACGCUUCGGUUCAAUACCCUUGCUACUACUACAUCCUCUAGGUCGAAGAAUGUCAGAAAUACCACAGGAACUACUGUCACACAUCUUGGAUCACCUCGCCGACGACAUACCCACUCUCCGGAACAGCUGAGGCACCCACAAGGUCAGAAAGACCCACAACCUCAAAGACCACCGUACACUCCGGGGAAAACACUUCUCCAAGCAUUCAAUUCCAACCCCGCACUAUCCGACUACGUUCAGGAAGUCGUCAUUCUCGACACCCCAGAGGACAGACACGACUGGCAACACCCUAGUUGGCUAGCCGACGACGAUGACCUACCUGAGGUCUUGAACCGCCUUCCGCGCGAUAAGAUCCGUCGGGUCGUUAUCAAACGAGGGUACCGCGCUAGUUGGAACCAUCUCAAGGCGCCUAUCAAAGAGGCUCUUAUGGGACUGUGUACAGCGCCAGCUCUCAUCUCGCUCUCCUUGGCCUGGGUUCCCAUUGGUUUGAUGGGCCUAUGCGCGCCAACGGUAAAGCACUUGGAGCUUCAAGACGUCGAUUUACAAACCGACAUAGACAUGCCUAUUUCGGGAGCUUCAGCUCGAACGCAACCUUUGCAAUUGGAAACGUUACGCCUGGAUCAUGCCUUCGACCUCCCCUCAAUCGCGGAUAUCCUCCUCGCGGAAUCGACGAAUCAAGUGACUCUAAAGUCCCUCGAGAAACUCCACUUAUCAGCCUCCUCUCUGAACGACCACGACCACAUACCACGUCUGCUGGAGGCAUGCAGUUCCUCGUUAGAAGUACUCUCGCUUUGCCCAUGGUACGAAAUACACAGGUCAGGCAGGCAGCCGAUGAACGUCCUCGACCUCAGCGAGCUCCACUCCCUGAAACACCUCAGCUUCGAGGAGUACUACUCCGUCCAAGGUUCAUCAUGCUACGUCGACCCCAUCCCCUGGAUCUGCCGCGUCCUCGAAACACUCCCCACCCCUAACGCCCUCUCCUCCUUCUACAUCUCAAUCGAAUUCGACAUGCUCGAGCCUGAAGGCAUCCAAAUCGGCCACUGGAUGGAGUUGGACCAUGUCCUCACCAGGAAAGACAGGUUCCCCAACUUGCGGCGUGUCAAGUUUGACUAUGAGGGGACUUUUCUUGGUGUGCUUGAGGAAGCUGUUCCGAGGAUUGAAGACUUGAUGCCGGAGUUGAUGGACUCUGGGAUGUAUUCGACUUCGUUCCCUGGAGAACCCGAAGCAAUCGACAGCCCGUCGUUAUGGCAUUGA